GCACCUCGUCCUCUCUUCGUCAACGAAGUGAUCGAGCUCCUCUCGAAUGCUAAGCUUUGCUCGCUCGCUACUCCUCCUUCAGCUGCCCAACAACUCAGCGCUCGUUGCGCUCGCGCUUGAUCGGCGCUUCCGGUGCGCGCGUAGCUUCUUGCACCGUCCCUUGUGCGCCAGAGCGGAGAUGGAGCCGGAGCCGGAGACGUAUAAGUUUGGGCCGUACAAGAUCAGCGGCAGCGAGGUCUUCUUCCGCACCGAGCUUUCCUUUGCCUUUGUCAACCUCCGCCCUGUCGUUCCUGGUCAUGUGCUUGUGUGUCCAAGGCGUGAAGUGAAGCGCUUUGUGGAUCUUACCGCUGACGAGACUAUUGACUUAUGGCUUACUGCAAAGAAAAUUGGUGACCAGCUGGAGAGCUAUCACAGGGCAUCCUCACUGACAUUUACUAUCCAGGAUGGACCCCAAGCAGGCCAGACAGUUCCACAUGUGCAUAUUCAUAUUCUUCCAAGGAAAACUGGCGACUUUGAGAAUAAUGAUGAAAUUUAUGAUGCUAUUGACAAAGAGGAGAAGGAGCUAAAGAAAAAGCUUGACCUCGAUGAGGAGCGGAAAGACAGAACUGCCGAUGAAAUGGCCCGUGAGGCUGAUAACUAUCGAGUCCUCUUCUCGUAAAAUUUAAAUUGAACAGAUCAAGCCUCAUUCUUGGAUAGAUUCACUGUCCUUCAUCAAUUGACAUGGUGUAUCACUUAUUAACUUGUUAUGAUCCUCUGUUUCGAGACAUAAUUUGUAUCAAACUUCCAGUGAAUGCUUGAAUUUAUUUGGUUCAUGUAACUUUUACUGAUGUGUUUCAUCUCUCAAUAACAAGUAGCAUUUCUGAAUA